AUGAGCCAAAUCAUCUUUAGUGCUAUGGUGCUAGGCAUCUUAUACUUUGUUGCACUACUCCUUCGGUCUAUUCGCAAAUCGCAUGUGGCAUUGAGAAACAUUCCCGGCCCAAGACCCCAUUUUCUCCUGGGCAAUAUUCCUGAUUUUGGGGAUUCACGUCCACUUCGGCUCAAACAAUGGGCAGCUGAAUAUGGAGAGCUUUUCAAAUUGCGCCUCGGAUGGGAGAACUGGGUAUUUGUUAACAGUCCAGAGGCCGUCAAAGAAAUAUUUGACCGUCAGUCCCAACAUACGUCCUCCAGAGCGCCGAGUCCAGUUGUUUCUGACUUAGUGUCGGGAAAUAUGAGAUUUCUAUUGAUGCCCUAUGGUCCUGAAUGGAGGUCGCUACGAGCUGUUGUCCAUAAGCUUUUGACGCCCAAGGCAUCCGACACAUUCAAACCGUCUCAAGAAUAUGAGGCCAAACAGCUAAUAUGGGAUAUCUUGACGGACAAUCAUGACCAAGAAAGCUUUUAUAUGCAUAUCCGAAGAUAUACCACCUCAGUGGUGAUGACUUCGACAUACGGAAGAAGAGUGCCGAAAUGGGAAUGCGACGAUGUCCGUCAAAUCUACAAGGUGAUGCAAGACUUUACUGAAAUUGCUACUCCUGGAGCAUACUUGGCCGAGUCUUUUCCUCCACUGGCUAAAUUGCCUGUCUUCCUACAAUGGUGGCGAGGAUCCGCCCUGGCCGCGUUUCGCCGCCAGGCCGCGGUGUGGAUGGACUACUGGACCACGCUUCAGGAGCAAAUUGCUGAGCAGAAAGCCCCGCCAUGUUUUGUAAAGCAGUUCGCGGAAACAGACUACAAAAAACAAAACAUCAGUGAGCUCCAGGCUGCUUUUGUAGCCGGAAGCAUGAUCGAAGCUGGCUCAGAGACAACAUCAUCUUCACUUAACACAUGUGUGAAAUAUCUUGCAGCAUACCCAGAGGCCCAAGCAAAAGCAUACGCGGAGUUGCGCAAAGUAGUUGGGGAAGGACGCUUACCAUCCUACGCUGACGAGGAUGCACUACCUUAUAUCCGUGCCUGUGUCAAAGAGACUCUUCGGAUCCGCCCCGUGACCAACAUCGGGAGCCCCCAUUACACAACUGCCGACAUCACUUACAAGGGCAUCGUUAUUCCUAAAAAUACUGUUGUUUCCAUAAAUCAAUACGGAUUACAUUUUGAUCCAGCUCGCUACAAGGACCCCGAAGCGUUCAUCCCAGACCGUUAUCUGAACCACCCAUUAAAAGCAGGCGCCUAUGCGGUCCAUCCUGAUCCCUAUGCCCGUGACCAUUUCGAUUUCGGUGCGGGAAGACGAGCUUGCCCAGGUUUACAUCUGGCAGAAAAUAGCCUAUUCAUAACUAUCGCCAUGAUAGUUUGGGCAUUUGAGAUUCUUCCACCACUCGACGAUAAUGGAAAGGUCGGCACUGUUGAUGUAUCUGAUGAAGCGUAUGACGAAAGUGCGAACACGCUGCCAAAGCCAUAUAAGCUAAGAUUUGUACCGAGAAGUGCUACAGUAGAACAGCUAAUACGUUCUGAGUGGGCCAAAGCCCAAAAAGAAGGCUACUGGCUCAGAGAUGUGAAGGUUAACCAAGAUGGUAUGGUGGUGUCAAAUGCGUGA